AAUAAAAGGAGGUUGGCAUCUCUUAACAUCCCUGAAAUCGUCAAGAGUAUGGAGCACCAAGGUCCAUCCAAAAAAAUUUCAAAGAAAAAACAGAAGACAAGUGUUCCAACAACUAAACCUCCAAACUUGCGACCAAGGCCACAAAGACAAAGUGUUCCAACAACUAAACCUCCAAACUUGCGACCAAGGCCACAAAGACAAAAUGCUCAACCUCAAGACGAACAAGCGAUUACUGAUUUGCAGACGGUGGGAGAUUUUCUCUCUGACAAUGUUGAAGUUUCCGAGGAUGAUCCAAUCAAUGCUACAAAAAAGAGGCCUGCAAGGGGCAUAACUAAGAUGGAGGGAAUAUUCUCAAGGUCACCUGAAAUGCCAAAAAUCAAAAUUUUACUCAAUGAUCGAGGUCAGCCUAUUGGUAAAAGUGCUAGACAACUUUCAAGUGCUAUUGGGUGUCAAGUUAGAAAGAAAUUGUCUAUUGCUACCACGGACUGGAGGCUUGUUGAUAUAAACAAGAAGUAUGAGUUGUGGGAGGAUAUAAAGUCAUAUUAUGAUGUAGAUGCUGCUGCCUUAAACUGGGUGAUGCGCACAGCUGGAAAGAAGUGGAAGCAAUUUAAAGCAUCCAUAAAGCAACGAUACUUCAAUCCUGAAUUGUCUAUAAAAGAAAUUCCAGAAUGUCCUGAUAAGAGGGUUAAUGAUGAUGAUUGGCACUCUAUGUACAACUAUUGGAUGUCUUCUGAAUUUCGGGUAAGCUCUACACUUUAGUUCUAAUAAAGCAACCAUACUUCAAUCCUGUAACACAUAUUUCUUAUUCUAUUUUUAGGAUCGCUCAGAAAAAGCUAAAAUAAAUCAACAAAAGCUAAAGAUGCACCAUACAACCGGCAGUGUGAGCUAUGCAUGUUCAGAAUAUGAUUUGGCUGUGAAACUAGGACGUCCUCCACGAAGAGAUGAAAACUUUAUCCAAACCCAUACAA